AUGCCACCCAAGAAGGCCACCUCUGGAGAUGCAGAUGCUCCUCAGGGACUCAACUCCAACGAGAUGAAGUUCAUCAAGGCGGUUUUCGACAACAUGACCCAGAAGCCCGACGCCAACUGGGACAACGUCGCCGUCGACCUCGGCCUCAAGGACGCCAAGUGCGCCAAGGAGAGAUUCCGCCAGCUCUCCGUCCGCCACGGAUGGCGCGACCAGGCCGGUGCUGGCAACGGCGCCCGCAAGGCCAAGCCUGCCGCCGCCGCCAACGGCGUCACCAAGAAGCCUCGCACCCCGCGCAAGAAGAAGGCCAUGAAGGAGGAGAGCGACGAGGACGACGACAACAAGAACGAUGUCAAGUCUGAGGAGGACUCCGACAAGAGCGCCCGUGCCUCCAUGGACGGAUCUAUCUAG